AUGGCAGGAAUCUGCCGCAACCGCCUCGCCGAGGAGCGCAAGCAGUGGCGCAAAGACCAUCCAUUCGGCUUCUAUGCACGCCCCGCCAAGGCCGCCGAUGGCUCGCUAGACCUCAUGAACUGGGAAGUCGGCAUCCCCGGCAAAGCCAACACGCCAUGGGAGGGAGGGCUGUACAAGCUGCGCAUGAUGUUUCCCGAAGAAUACCCGAGCAAGCCGCCCAAGUGCAAGUUCACCCCGCCGCUCUUCCACCCCAACGUCUUUCCCUCGGGCACCGUCUGCCUGAGCAUCCUCGACGAGGACAAGGGCUGGAAGCCGGCGAUUACGAUCAAGCAGAUUCUGCUCGGUAUUCAGGAUUUGCUGAACGAUCCCAACCCGCACGACCCCGCACAGAGCGAGGCCUUCACCAUGUUCCAAAAGGACGCCACCGCCUACGAGCGCAGAGUGCGUCAGCAGGCGCGCGAAAUGGCCACCGCCGUCUAG